UCCAACGGCUCCGAUUCUCCUUAGAUGCACUUUCACCCCACGAGCCUCUUCCUCGGUUUCUUCUCGAAGCGGUUUCAUCGCGAUGCACGUCAGCAGCAAAACCCUCGCUCAACAUCGUCGUCGCCAGCAGCAGCCGCCAUGGUGGAGAUGGUCGCCGCAAAGGUGGCUCGUGAAGGUUCGCCUCAAGUGGGUGAAGAAUCGCGGUCUCGACCACAUCAUCGAUCGCGAUACCAACGUCAAGGCCGCUUGCCUCCUCAAGGACGCCAUCGCCGCCGCCCCCUCUGGCCUCCUCCCCGCUCGCUCCCUCGCCCCCUUACAGAAAAACCUCGGCCUCACUGUCCCCUUCCUCCGCUUCCUCCGCCGCUACCCCACCCUCUUCCACGAGCAGCCCCACCCCCGCUUUCCCUCCCUCCCCGCAUUCUCCCUUGCCCCCGCUUCCCUCCUCCUCCACCGCCGCGAGCAGGACGCUUUCGUCUCCACUCUCCACGACGACUCCGCACACCGCGUCGCCCGCCUCCUUAUGAUGGCCCGCUCCCGCGCCCUCCCCGUCGCAUCCCUCGCUUCCCUCCGCUACGACCUCGGUCUUCCCUCGAACUUCUCCUCCGCCCUCCCAGCCGCUCGCCCCGACCUCUUCAGCCUCUCUCGCCGACGCUCCGACGGCGCCCCGAUACUCUCCCUCACAGCCUGGCCAGAACACCUCGCCGUCUCCGCUCUCCAGAUCCGUCACCGCGACGCCAUCGCCCAGCCUUCCACCGCGCCGCUCGUCUUCCCCAUGAAAUUUCCACGAGACUACGGCAACAUGAACAAGGUUAAGGCCUGGAUGGAGGAUUUCCAUCGCCUUCCGUACGUGUCCCCCUACGAGGACACUUCUGGAAUCGACCCCGAGAGCGAUCUCAUGGAGAAGCAUGUGGUCGGCGUCCUCCAUGAGCUCCUCAGCCUCACCAUCCACAAGAAGACCAAGCGUACCUACCUGCGCAGCCUCCGGGAGGAGCUCGGCCUUCCUCACAAGUUCACUAGGAUCUUUAACCGCUACUCGGGCAUCUUCUACCUCUCCCUCAAGUGCAAGACCAUCACCGUUGUCCUCCGGGAGGGCUAUGAGAGGGGCAAGCUGGUGGAGCAGCACCCUCUCGCACUUCUCAGGGACAAAUUCUACUAUGUCAUGAGAACAGGGAUCCUGUAUCGAGGAAAGGGUUGUUCCAAGCUUGCGUUCGAGGAAGAUGAUUUAUUAGGCGAAGGAAAUUCCAAGGAGGAGGAGCAGCAGUACAGUGAUUUCGAUGAAGACGAUGCCGACGCCAACGACAGCAGUGAUGAACAACACUAUGAACUGGAUGAUUCAGAUGAUGAGGAAUGAACUUUUUAGUCCAAAUUUGGUUUCUUGCUCCUUGAGACAGCUCGAUGUCUGCAACCUCGGCAAGUUAAGGUGAGUUCUUAUUUGAUUCAAAAGAACAGUGCAUGUUUAUGCGAACUAAAUAAGAAAUUAAGCAUGUUAAUCAAAAUGUUCUUGCCUUUGAUGUCAUUUAGUAGUACAGAUUAACCAGAUGCAGUUUAACAAACUAUUUAAA